UAUUUGCCCUUAAUUUAUUGAUUGAUUCUCUUCCCCCUUCUUUCUCCUUUCUCUCAAUUAUCGCACAAAUCGUAUCAGCAGCAACAAUGUCUGGAGAAUCAGCCACCACCGCUAUUCACAAGGGUCAAGUUGAUCUCUUAGACUUCAUUGAUUGGACUAGUGUUGAAUGUCUCAAUCAAAGCACCACUCAUUCACUCCCCAAUGCUAUCAAACAGGGUUAUAGAGAAGAUGAAGGUUUGCAUCUUGAAAGUGAUGCUGAUGAACAGCUUUUGCUUUAUAUUCCAUUCACUCAAGUUAUUAAACUUUAUUCCAUUGCUUUCAAAGGUCCUGAAGAUGAAGGCCCCAAGACAGUGAAGCUCUUUUCCAACAAGGAGCACAUGGGAUUCAGUAAUGUCAAUGACUAUCCACCAAGUGAUACAGUAGUUUUAUCCCCAGAGCACCUCCAGGGGAAACCGGUUCUUUUAAAGUAUGUCAAAUUUCAAAAUGUUCGUAGCUUGACAAUAUUUAUUGAGGAUAACCAAACUGGUUCUGAGAUCACAAAAGUUCAGAAGAUUCAGCUGAUCGGAUCAACAGUUGAAACAACAGACAUGAAGGGUUUGAAGAAGAUUGAGGAUCAUUGACCUCGUUAAAGUAUUGAGUCAAGUUUCCUCCGCAUCUACUCUUACAAAUUUUGAUUGGAAGUUUUAUAUUCAGCUUCAUGAAUAAUGGUUUAUGACUUCUAAAAUCUAUAAUUUUUCGUAAGAGAUUGAUGCUCAGUAUAUCUGCUUGGUUGUGACAAUUUAUGUGAUAGGAAGUAACAUUCAAGCUGCAUGGCUGUUUAUUUUCUUUUUUACAUGUUUGGGAAAUAUGUAAAAAAUUGAGAUUAGAAUUACCUUGAAUGACUGAAUAUUGGAAGGUUUUGGACCA